AUACUAAUUAGGCCUAAUGUAAUUAAUUAUUAGUUUAUUAGGCCUAACUAAUAGUAGAUCUAGUAAUAGGGCUUACUUAAUUUUAAUUUGUUUAACAAUGUGUAGUAACUAUGACCAAAGGCCAUGUGCAUGGAUCUAGUAUGGAUUAAGAAUGGCCAGUUUUUGCACCAAGUUUAUUUCAAUAUACUUCAAGUUGUGAUAUUGAGUUUGUUAUGUAGAUCUAUUUAGGAUUUAUUCAAUUCAAUAUAUAAAAACUCAAGCAAGCUCAAAGACAAGCCACAACAAGAAGGCGUAUAAAGAUGGAUGAUGGAUGUCCUACCCCGCUGGGAGAGAUGGACUUACUGGACAGUGACCAUUUCAAGUAUCUGUUAUUCUUUGUAUUUACUACACCUUGAGGGCAAAAAAUUAAAGAGUGAUUUGUACUAUUCCAAUUUUCAAGCUGGGUGGUCUUGGAUAGCAAGCGAUCAGGACCUCACAGAUUUAGAGUGGUUGGUGUGGAGGAAUUGGCUGACAACCUUUCUAUUUUACAAUGGUUUACAUAUUGUCAUUUCACAACUAUGCUUUUGCCUCAAAGUUCAACCUCAGAUGCGAGCAGCUAUUGUGGUAGUGUAUGACCUAAGUGCUAUUGCUCUUGUCCUGGGGCUGAGGCCACUGGCUAUGUUUCUUCUCAAGUUCUUCAUUGUGUAUCUCCUGACCUACACACAGAGGAUUUCUCUUCUCACCAUCACAUGUUGUACCUUCACAGCCUUAUCCCUCAGCCGUACUUUUGUCUACACGCAGGUCGAGUACCUAGCCCUAACUACUAUGGACCUUCGCUUUUUGUAUCAGGUUUCCAAUGGGUUUUUUGAACUCAACCUGUUUUCAUUUGCUGUUGAAAAAGUGAAACUCUCCACCUCCAAGGCCACGACUAGACCAACCCUCUUUGAUUACAUGUACUAUGUCUUUCAUGUGGGCAAAUUUUUUGAUGGCCCCAUUUAUCUGUUUCCUCAGUUCUACUCUGACAGCCAGACCUCCAGCAGCCCCAUCCCCAGGUGCUGGAGGGAGAGCCUCUUCAGGGUUGCUCGGCUCAUCUUUUGGGCUCUGUUUUUGGAGCUACAGGCUCAUUUUUUGUAUUUGAGUGCCCUGGGAGAAAAUUUGGAUGGGGUUAAACAAUUAUCACUUCCUGCACUUCUUGGCAUGUGCUACAUCCAAGGUCAGUUUUUCAUGGUCAAGUACGUGCUGUUGUAUGGCAUGAGUGGAGAGUUUUUGAGAUUAGACGGGGUUAGUCCCCACCCAUGGCCUCGCUGCAUCAGCUGGGUCUACUCAUAUGUUGAUAUGUGGAAGCACUUUGAUGUUGGUCUCUAUCAAUUUAUGAAGACAUACAUCUACACUCCAUUGGGAGGGUCUACAGCAGGGCCCAUCAGGAGAGUUUUGGCCUCUGGUAUUUGUUUCUUCUUCAUCUACGCCUGGCAUGGUGCCACUAAAGCCUUGUUCAUAUGGUGUUUGGGAAAUUAUUUGACAGGACUUCUUCAGGCUGCUGCCACUGCACUUGAGCAUUCACACUUUGGACUGAGACUGAAAUCCUACCUAGGAGCGCGCAAUGAACAGCGACUGAGAGCCUUUCUGAUAACUCCCAUCUACAUCACUUCAUGCUGGCACAUUUUUUAUUUUUUCUAUGGUGACAAGAUUGCAUGGAACAUUGCUGAGAGAAUGUUUUUCAAAGCCUCCUGGGGUCCUGUCUGCAUCCAGUAUUUUAUUUUCACGUCUGGUAUCCAUUGUGCUCUGCAGCUCCGGCAAAAGUUUGCUCGAGGUUGCCAGGAAAUGAAAAGUCAAUCCUCAUGUGACAAAAAAAAGCAAUAAGAAGUUAAAGUCAAAGUUUUGUUUUAUUUACAAAUAAAAUUGGACAUGAAA